AUUUGGUCGCUUGACGGCGACAUAGCCACACAUCCCGUUCAGGUCCAGAAAUUACCAUCGCCAUUAUAAUCGCAUUCGUCGUUUUGUCGUCGUUUUCCAGUUACAGUUACAGUUACAGUUACAGUUACAAUUGCAGUGACAGCCACAGCUACAGCUACAGUGACAGUGACAGUCACUCCAUCAAUGGCAACGCCUUAGUGUUAGUAGUAAUCUCUGGCCCCAACGGAAAGAGCACCAACAAUAAUAACUGUAAAUGGUGCGUUGCAACGUCUUCUCAGUUUGAAUUUGGCGGUUCGACGUCGUGCAACGUGCAAAAAAGUGUCAAGUGUAAAGAGUGACCAAGUGAUCAAAGGAUAACUCUUUUUUCGUUGAUUUUUUUUAUUUUGCCCACUGUUUUUGAAAUUGUUAUCGUUCUAUUUGUUUGUGUAUUAUUAAGUGAAAGGUUAAUCAAUUAAAUAAUAGAUCAGCAAUUGCCCUGACUAUUUUUGUCCGGGUGGAAGGUUCCCCCGAAGCACCCAUCACACUUACACACACACACACGUGCACAUACAACAUGCUGCAGGAAUCAUCGGGCGUAAGCUAAUCAAGAGACCACAAAACCGACAACAACAAUCACAACAAAAACAACAACAACAAGAGCAAAAGCAAAAAAAUAACGUCAACAUAUAACCACAGCCAUUAAAAACAAAAAUUGUUGAACUAACCAACUACAGAGACGAGCUAGAAGAAGAACAAGAGGAGGAGUAGCAGCAACAGCAGCAGCAGCCGCAGUCAUGGUUCACGGUCCACCAGCACGGAGAAAAUCGCAGAAUGGCAACGCCAUCAACGGUCCUUGCCAAGUGGAACCGGACCAGACACAGCCCAUACCUCCAGAUGGCGGUUGGGGUUGGGUAGUGGUUUUUGCGUCCUUCAUGAUCCACAUUGUCACCGAUGGCAUGACCUAUUCAUUUGGCAUAUUUCACAAAGAGUUCUUGGAAUACUUCAAUGAGGGCAACGGCUAUACCGCCUGGAUAGCCUCCAUGAUGGUGGGCGUGACAUUUUCAUCUGGGCCCAUCAGUUCGUCAUUCGUCAAUAGAUAUGGCUGCCGAGCGGUGACCAUUGCCGGUGCUAUUUUGGCGUCUUUCUGUAUUAUAAUCAGCAUGUUUGCCCAGAAUGUUUUCACACUAAUCAUCACCAUCGGCCUGGGCACCGGUUUGGGCUUCGGCCUCAUCUAUUUGCCAGCCAUUGUGAGUGUCACACAGUAUUUCGAGGCGAAACGAUCCCUGGCCACUGGCAUCGCCGUUUGUGGUUCGGGCUUUGGCACUGUUGUCUUCGCUCCCCUGACUGAGGUACUAAUAUCCAGCUACGGCUGGCGCGGAGCCAUGCUGAUCAUUGGUGGCAUAGUUCUCAACUGCAUCAUCUUGGGUGCCAUGUUCCGCCCACUGGAGGCGCCCAGCCAGCCGACAAAGUUGGCGAUUAUAGAUCAGAAUACAACGCCCGCCGAGCUAGAGCCACUCAAGGUGACGGUAACGGUAACAGAUCAGUAUCUGCAAUUGCCACCCCGCACAGAUGCCGUUGCAGGUGGCGGUAAUGGUGGUGGAUCAGCCCUUUGCCGGUCGAACAGCGUUGGUCAUAACCUACUCAAAUCCAAUGUGAAUAACAAUACUAAUGGGUUGGCCCCAUCGAAUGGACAGACGCCGACCGUAGUGGUCAAGAGCACCAGCAAUGACGAUAUAAUUAGAACCUUUUACAGUCAACAGCAAUUGACGCCGCUGAAGGACACACAUCGAAGUGCCAGCGGCACCAUGUACCGACCCGAUGCCCUAUAUCAGGGUUCUCUGCACAACAUUCCCGAAUAUGCCAGCUCGAGGAACGAUCUGAAUCGUUCAAUGUCCGGCUCUGGGGCCAUUAAGCGAUAUGGAUCAUUGCGGCAAAGCAACCAAUUGGCCCACAGUCAGGAGGUUGCCAAAUGCUGCGGCUGCAUUAGUUGCUCCAAUGAAACCCGCGACACUUUCGCCGAAAUGAUGAACUUCUCCCUGCUGAAGGAUGCCGUCUUUGUGAUCUUCUCGGUGUCGAAUUUCUGCACCAGCAUCGGCUUCAACAUGCCCUACAUCUAUGUGGCCGCCUAUGCCAUGGAAUUGGGCAUUGGCGAUUCAGAGGCCAGUUAUCUGAUCGGUACCAUUGGCGCUGCCAAUACCAUUGGCCGUAUCAUUCUAGGCUAUGCGGCUGAUAAGCCGUGGGUCAAUCGGCUGCUAGUCUAUAAUGUUUGCCUGACGCUCUGCGGCAUUUCCACAGCCAUGGUGCCGCUCUGCUAUGAUUUCAAUUCCCUGGCUGUUUAUUGUGCUGUCUUUGGAUUCACCAUUGGAGCAUAUGUCGGCCUGACAUCAGUCAUACUGGUGGAUCUUCUUGGUAUGGAUAAGCUGACCAAUGCAUUUGGUUUGCUAUUGCUCUUCCAGGGUGUGGCCAGUUUUAUUGGUCCGCCAAUUGGCGGCUCAUUGUAUGAUUUGACCCUCUCCUACACACCGGCGUUCAUCAUGGCUGGCCUGAUGAUCGCAGUCAGUGGCCUGGUUAUGUUUGCCAUUCCGCCAUUGCAGCGCUAUGAGGAGCGCAAGGCAUUUGCCGCCCAGAAACAGAAUUCCGAGCAGUUAGCUCUUAGUUAGUACGACCAAAUAUAUGUCAAAGAAAGAGAAAUUCAUUUUCCAA